UUUGGCUUUGUCCACCACACCAGCGGACGGAGGAGUAACGAACUGAUCGAAUAAAUAUAAAUACAUUUUUUUUUUGUGUUCAGUGAAUACACCAAGUUACGAUUUUCCUCUUUCAAUAAGGGAUUAUAAUACAAAUUCAUUUAAGAUGUGCAACUGUCUGUGGGAAUGCCUUAAGUGUCCAGGCAAAUUAGUUUGCUGUUGCUGUGAAUGCGCUUGUAAAAUGGUAUUGAGUAUACUCUGCUCAUUCAUAGUUCUUUUGGUGAUUAUUGGCCUAAUUGUUUAUUUCACUGUCUACUAUGGCAAGGAUAGUAGCGAAGCAGCUGAUGUGGCCACAACACUUGCUCCAAUUGUGAAACGAAGCAUAAGGGACUAUUUUAAGAAGGAAUACUAAUGCACAAACUAUUUUAUAUCAAACUUGGCGAAAUGAAUUUGUAGAGUUUUAAGUUGUUUAAAAAUAAUAAUUCAUCAAAGAAUAGAGAAUAAAACAUCGAAAACAAACCAAACCUAAUGAACCAAUGUGAUAAAUACAAUCGUUAUAGAAUUAA